AUGGAGUAUGAGAUACUUGGAGGGGAGGAGGUAAAGGAGCUGAAAGGCCAGUAUACUGGAAGAUUCACCUAUGUGGAUACUGCAAUCACCAAGAACAGAGUAGACAUGGUGUCGGAGAAAGUGACAGGCACCUUAGAGGUGGUCGGCUGCUUCAGGGUGAAGCUGAACCUCUCUUUCCCAGCUACUGGCUGCCAGAAACUCAUCAAAGUGGACAAUAAAUGCAAAUUUCGUACCUUUUAUGAGAAGCAUAUGACCACAGAAGUUGCUGCUGAUGCUCUGAUUGAGGAAUGGAAGGGUUGUAUGGUCCCAAUCAGUGGUGGGAACUAUAGACAAGGAUUCUCCCUGAGGCAUGGUGUCUUGACCCAUGACUGUGUCUGCCUGCUACUGUGUAAGGGGCACUCCUGUUACAGAUCAAGGAGGACUGAAGAAAGAAAGCGCAAAUCUUUUCCAGGUUGGACUGUGGAUGUCAAUCUUAGUGUUCUCAACUUGAUUAUUGUAAAAAAAAAAAACAAAACAAAACAGAGAGGCGAUAUUCCUAGACUCACUGAUAUUACUGUGCCUUGUCUCCUGGGACCCAAAAGAAGAAUGAAGAAAGCCAAAGAGAAACACCGGGAACAAAUUGCCAAGACACAGAGGCUGUUCUUUGUGGAAGCUUCUACCCCUAAGUUGAGUCUAGUCAAAAAUGAGAUUUUCUAAGAGUAACAAAUAAAUAAGAUCAGACAUAAAACAAAACAAAAGUUCACUCAACAUAGAUAAAUCUCAAAAUAAUUAUGCUGAGUAAAAGGAGCCAGACCAAAAAAGAGUACACAUGUGUGAUUCCAUUUAUAUAAGUUUCUAGUAAAUGAAAACAAAUCUAUUAUGAAAGAAAGCAGAUCUGUGGUUGCUUGAAGUGUAGGAGCGGUGUGGGCAGGGGCCAGGAAGAGGGGAGAGGGAUGGGUUCCAAAGAGGCAAGAAGGAACUCUUGGAGGGGAUGAAUAUGUCCAUUAUCUUGAUUAUGGUGAUGAGUUCAUGGGUGUAUACAUAUGUCUAAACUUACCAAACUAUGUACUUUUAAGUACACGCAGUUUAUUUUAUGCCAAUUGGUAAAUUAAUUUUAUCAAUAAAACUGAGUUUGUUUUUUUCAACUUGAAAUCUAUAAAUCUCAAUUCAAUCCACCUGUUUUCAAAGUUAGACUUUAAAGCACCAGGCAGCUCUAUUAAAAAAGAGACCCACUUGAAGCAAGGAGGUGUGUGCCUAUCCGAUGCUCGUUUAUGUGCAGUACACAGAAUUCUGUUCUGAAGACAGAACCGGGAGAGAAGGUGGAAUGGGGG